CCCCGAUCCAAGGCGUUGCCGUCGAGGUACAGCUACUCCCGUUUCGGCUCUCUGAUGGGCAAGGGCGGUAGAGGAGAAAACAAAAAAGCAUGGUCGACGAAGAAGCGAAAAAACAAUUUUGCAAGAGUCCAAGAAAACUAGUCUAUGCUGAGCGAAUCGGAAGCACGAUGCUGGAUGUAGCGUUGUAUGCUCGCCGCAACAAGGCUCUCGAGGCGAAGGACUACAAAGCCUUGAAGCUAGAGUGCAUGGCCCACGUGAACAAGUUGAAAAAGGAAUCCGCGGCGAAGCGCAAGGCUGCCGCGAAACACAAGUUGGUUCAGGAAGACGCGAGGGAAAAAGAAAAGUUGCUGGAGAAUGAGACUGAACUGAGACGCGAGCUUGCGGCAGAGCUGGCCAUCGAGCAGAGGGGCAGAGUGAUAGCGGAGGGGCACUUGCGCACGGUACGGGCGCAGCGGGCGGAGGACAAGAUCAUCCAAGAGGAAGCGAUGACGGAGUUGGGGCAGCAGCUCCAGGGUUUAACACUCAAGAAACAGGAGGCAGAGAAAGAGCGCGAUGAGAUCCUCGAGAUUUUUUGCCCCGGAGCUAAAAAUCUCGCGCCAGUACACCAGCGACUGGACGUGGGCGUCGAGCAGCAAGGGGCGCUGGGCGUGGAGCAGGAAGGGGUGCUAGAGGGGGUAGGGAAGCACGCGGUACUAGGGGGCGUGGGGGAGCAAGGCGCGCUUCGCGAGGUGCUGGGCGGGGAAGGAGUCGUGGAAGCGGUUGAUUUUUUGUAG